CUUCCUUUGCCAGCAAUAUUAGCCAAUCCAUCGGAAAGAGAAAAUCCAUUUCUUUCUCUCUGAUCUUCAACAAUCUUCUUCGUCGUCUUCUUCUUCUUCUUCUUCACGGGUAAGCUUUCAACUUGCACUCUACUGAGUUGCCACAGACAGUUCUCUUUAAUCUGGGUUUAAGUCUAUCAAGAUCCAUAAUUUAAUUCCUUGACUAAACAUGUUUAGUGACACGAUUCUUGUUUAAUUUUGAGUUUUUCCUUCAAUAAUAACACAAGGGUUUGUUUUUUUGUUAAACAUUUUUCGAAGAAAUGGAUUGAUUAAUAUGAUUUAGUUUAGUUUCGUUUCUUCUUAGAUUUGUAGAGAAAUGCAGUUAUUGUGUUUAAAUUUCUGUGCUCGGGCUUGAAAGUUUUCUGUAAUUUCAAAGAUCUUGAAAGUGUAAUGAUGGUUUUCUAAUCGUAUAAUUCUUCCAGGGUCGUCUCUUUCAACUCUUAGGGAUCUUUUUGUAAAGCAAUUGAAACAAUCAAAGUUGCUCCAAUGGAAAUCUCAUCGGCCAAAUGGUUAUCUGAAUUGGUAUGUUAAUUCAUCGACUCCAAGUCCUAAUCUUUUUCUUUCUCAAGAAACGAUAGAAGAUGUUGUUUAAUGAAGGAUAUGAUUCUUUGUUUUCACAGGGAAUGGAGGAUUCAGCUUUUAGCUAUCAAUACCAAAUGAACCCUCUUGAUUACCCAUUUGAAGAUCUUGACUUUCACGGAUUCUCUGCUAAGAGCUACUCAACGAAUGAACAAAUCUUCAAUCCCCAGACCGUGCAAAACUUUAGCUGUGCACCCAUUGAAUCUUCCCAAACCAGCUAUGAAAGACCAAAAAAGCAGCUAAAGACCAGUAGCUGGAACUCUUGCACCACUGAACAAAUCAAUUCAAAGCCUCCUCCUUCCUCUUCUCACAUUAUCUCUUUCGAGAAUUCCAAUUCGUCUGCAGCCACCUCUCAACAGUUGUAUGGCCUCGACCCAACAAGUGUAAAGCCUAAGAAAGAAGCGGGGACUAAUGGAAACUCAAAUUACCCAUCUGCUUUGUGCUGUCAGGGAUCCUUUGAGGAAUAUGGACAAGGUAACAACAAGAAGGCUGGGACAUUGAGUAGGUCUCCUUUACAUGCACAAGAUCAUGUGUUAGCAGAGAGAAAGCGCCGCGAAAAGCUUAGCCAGAGAUUCAUAUCUCUUUCAGCUGUUGUUCCUGGCCUGAAAAAGAUGGACAAGGCUUCUGUUCUUGGAGACGCUAUUAAGUACUUGAAGCAUUUACAAGAACGCGUAAAGACACUUGAGGAACAAGCUGCUAAGAAAACUAUGGAAUCAGUAGUUUUUGUGAAGAAAUCACAGGUGUAUGUGGACGACGAUUUGUCCUCAACUGAUGAGAACUCCGUUGGCUGCUGCGACCAACCGCUCCCAGAAAUAGAAGUAAGAGUAUCAGACAAGGAUUUGCUCAUUAGAAUUCACUGCGAAAACCAGAAAGGCUGCCUACUGAAAAUACUUAGCGAAUUGGAAAAGUUUCAUCUAAAUGUCAUCAACAGCAGUGUCUUGCCCUUCGGAAAUUCCACCCUUGAUGUAACUGUUGUUGCCCAGAUGGACGGUGAUUUCUCCAUGACAGUGAAGGAUCUCGUGAGAAACCUAAGACAAGCACUGCUCUAAGUCUCUAACAUGUAAACAGACAAUAAAACAUGCAAGAACCCGAAAUUUGAAAAGGUUUUUAGUUUCCCCACUUGUUUCCACGACCUCCUGAGAAGUAAAAUCACACUGGCCAGAGACUGAUCUCUCUCUCUCUCUCUCUCUCUCUCUCUCUCUCUCUCUCUCUCUCUUUCUCUUUCUCUUUCUCCUCUCUGUUGAUAAUGCGGCGACUGCGAGAAGGUUUCCAUUUUUUUGCACGAAGGUUUUUUUCUUUUUUUUUUUUUUUUUUGCGCGGUUGACCAGCUGACCACGUUCUAAUUACCCACGUGUUGAAUAUGGAAACCUUGGCUUAUUAUGAUGCAGCUCUUUAAUUUUUUUGGAGGGGUGUGUAUUUUAAUUAUUAUUUUUUUAAAGGUUCUUUUUGCGAAAAAGAGAGCUCUUUAUUUUUCUUCCCUCUUUCCUUCCUCGCUGUUGAUGGAAGGAGACAGAAAACUGGCUUUUUUUAAUUUUUUAUUUGUAUUAUUAAUAUUUUCAAGAGGGUUGGUGUUCGUGCUUUUCUAAUCAAUUAGGGUUUCGUGCUUUGUUUAAUCUUCACCUGUAUUUGUUUGUACUUAUUAUUGAAUAAUGACAUUCUUGCUUCCAAGUUCAUCUUC